CCUCUCAUCCACGACAUCGGCAUACAAAGUAUAGCAGGCUUGCGGCACCAAGCCCGUUCACGAACGAAGGCACCAAAGCCACCGCGAGUGCUGCGCUCCGGUAUGUAAAAAAUUAUACAGCAGCUGCAUACACCAAUAAGCGUUACACGAUUCAACGUCUUUGUGCAUACAGUCAGCGUGUAGUGAAUUUGCAACCAUGGUCUCCUGCUUCUCUUGCGGCAGUGGAGAGCACAAAGACAUUACCGACCAGGCACUGGAUGAAGCACGCCGAGAACUGAAGAAGAACCGGGGCCGGAAGAUUGGGGACGUGUACCACUUUGGCCAGGUCCUGGGGAAGGGUGGCUUCGGCAAGGUGUACCUCGCCACGCACAAGCACACGAAGCACCAGUAUGCAGUGAAGCAGGUGGAGAAGCGGCCAGAGCGCUGGAUCCAGGAGGCCCUGCUGCUGGAGAUCGCGGUGCAGCGCCGCGCCUGUGCGGCCAUCCCGCAUGCCGUCAAGCUGGUGGAGGUGUACGAGGACGGCGCCGACACCUACCUGGUGCUGGAGCUGUGUCCGGGCGGGGAGGUGUUCGACCGCAUCAUUGAGCAGGGCAACUUCUGCGAGCGCGACGCGGCCGAGGUGAUGCGCGCGCUGCUGGGCUUCAUCGCGGCGCUGCACGGGCGGCUGGGCGUGGCGCACCGCGACAUCAAGCCCAUGAACCUGCUGCUGGCGUGCGAGCCGGACCAGCCCAUCACCGCAGCAGACGUCAGGCUGGCGGACUUUGGCCUGUCGGCUUUCUGCGAGGACGGCCAGCACUUCCACGAGACGUGCGGCACCAUCUACUUCCAGGCGCCAGAGGUGGUAGGCGACGCCAGCGGCCGUGUGCGGUACGACAAGGGUGCGGAUGUGUGGGCGGCGGGCGUGACGAUGUACGUGCUGCUGUGCGGCUGGGUGCCGUUCGGCGGGCGGUACGCGUUCAAGAGGUCGGAGGUGGAGCUGCGGAAGAUCAUACGCGCGGGCAAGUUCUGUUUCACGGGCCUGGUGUGGGAGGUGGUGUCGGACAGCGCCAAGGACCUCAUACGGCAGCUGCUAACGCCCGACCCGGCGCAGCGGCCCAGCGCCGCGCAGCUGCUGUCGCACCCCUGGUUCCACGAGGCCGCCAGCCUGCAGCGGCCGCUGGGCCAGCGCAUGAUCACCAACCUCAAGCAGUUCGCGGCGGCCUGCCGGUUGCAGAAGCUGGCGGCGCUGGUGGUGGCCAAGCGGGGCGGCGGCCUGGGCAACAAGCUCAACCCCGACGUGGCCAAGCUGAGGGAGGUGUUUGCGGAGCUUGACGCCAACGGCGACCGGCGCCUCACCUUUGACGAGCUCAAAGACGAGAUCCAGAAAGUGCGGGUCGCCAUGCGCGGCUCCACUGCGGGCACGGCCAAGGCGCUCGCCAAGUCCGGCGGCGCCAAGUCUGGCGCCACCGCCGCGGCCGGCGGCGGCGGCGGCCUGGACGAGCAGCAGCUGUGGAAGCUGUUCAUGGCGGCGGACUGUGACGGGGACGGCAAGCUGGACGUGAACGAGUUCGUGGCCGCCAUGAUGAACGCGGCGGGGGUGCAGCCGGACGAGAAGACCGCCGCCGAGGCCAUCUUCGAUGAGGUGGACGUGGACGGCGACGGCUUCCUGACUCCGGCCGAGGUGCAGCUGCUGCUGCCCGCCAGCCUCACACGCGACGAGGCGGCGGCCAUGGUGCAGCAGGCGGACAAGGACGCGGACGGCCGCGUCUCACGCAAGGAGCUGGAAGAGGCGCUGGUCGUGUCCAAGCACCACUCCAAGCGGGCGGCGGGGCUGCCCGAGGGAGAGGAGGAGGCGGACGACGGGGCUGGAGGCGCGGAUGGCGACGGCGAGGAGGCGGAGCAGGCUGGAAAGAACACAGUACCGUAGUACAGGCAUCAUAACCAUUUGGUUUGGUGGGUGUGUGAUAGGACAGGGUUCCCCGUGCCUCAUGGCCCCGGGUGGCGUCGCCGCCUGGUGUGGGGUCCCAAGGCGCAGCCCAAGUACGUAAGGAGGCAUGGGCCCUUCAGAGCGAGAGUUAGCAGGCGCCGUGCUGGCUGCCAGGGGAUCCCCUGCUGGCUGCAACACAGAAGCAAGCGUGCGAACGAAGACUGCCGGGAUUCGCCUUGUUCAUGGUUUCUGACCAUGCAAAAACGUGUUGGAUGGUGAGCGUGCUGCGUCGAGUCAGGGCUAGCAUAUGCGGGGUUAGGUGUCAGCGCGUGCGUGCUGUGAAGGCAAGGGUGCGCACAAGCUGGGACGACCGCCGACGGACACGGGUGACGCCCUGACGAAGCGCGUCGUCGCGGACACCAUUAAGCAUCCCAGUGAGGGAUGUGAACGUGUAUGGGGAGCACAAGGAGCUGCAUUGAAGCUGGCUCCGUU